AUAGGGUGUGCCCAUCAGUGUGCCCCCUUACAUUAGGUGUCGCCAUCAAAGUGCAACUUUACAUCAUGUAUUCCCAUCACAUCAGGUAUAACCAUCAGAGUACCCCUUUAAAUCAGGUAUCCCCAUCACAGUGCCACCUUACAUCAGGUAUCCCCAUCAGAGUGCCCCUUACAUACGGUAACCCCAUCACAGUGCCACCUUACAUCAGGUAUCCCCAUCAGAGUGCCCCUUACAUACGGUAACCCCAUCACAUUGCCACCUUACAUCAGGUAUUCCCGUCAGAGUGCCCCCUUACACUCAA